UUUUUUUUUUUCGUUUUAGAUUUAUCACCCCGCCCCGUAUAUUAGUCAGUCCCCAUUUUCUGUCUCGAAACUGAAAGUACAUGAUGCAACACGUGUGAAAACAGUGCAGUAUAAAACAUACUGUGUGGAAUUGAGAAAAUAUGUCAGAACCUACGGAAGGAAUUGGAGAUAUGUCGAUUAAAGAUGAAGAGAAGCAAGAGGCAGGUGACGAGGAUGACGUUGUGAACCCCUGGGAAGUGGCUACACACUCAGCUACUGGUGUAGAUUAUGACAAGUUGAUCAAAAGGUUUGGAAGUACCAAGAUAGAUGAUGCCUUGAUACAGAGGAUAGAGAAAGUCACAGGAAAACCUGUCCACCAUCUACUAAGGAGAGGAAAAUUCUUCUCUCAGAGAGAUAUGCAUAUGAUUCUGGACAUGUAUGAACAAAAGAAGCCCUUUUAUUUAUACACGGGAAGAGGACCAUCUUCUGAUGCCAUGCAUAUGGGUCAUCUUAUUCCAUUCAUUUUCACCAAAUGGUUACAGGACACAUUUGAUGUACCUCUAGUCAUACAGCUGACCGAUGACGAGAAGUUCUUGUGGAAGGACCUUACCCUAGAACAAGCCAAUCAUAUGGCUAUCGAAAACACAAAGGAUAUUAUUGCCUGUGGAUUCGAUAUUGAGAAGACAUUCAUUUUCAGUGAUCUGAACUUUAUAUCGAAUAGUUCAGCUUUUUAUAGAAACAUGUGCAGAGUCCAGAAACUGGUGACCUACAAUCAGGUGAAGGGAAUUUUUGGUUUUGGAGACAGUGACUGCAUUGGGAAAAUCAGCUUCCCAGCAAUACAGGCUUCCCCUAGUUUUAGUUCAUCUUUCCCAGAGAUAUUCAAUGGACGACCUGACAUUCCUUGUCUUAUCCCAUGUGCAAUAGAUCAGGACCCCUACUUCAGAAUGACCAGAGAUGUUGCCCCGAGGAUGAACUAUCUGAAGCCUGCUCUGAUCCACUCCACAUUUUUCCCAGCUCUUCAGGGAGCCCAGACCAAGAUGAGUGCAAGUGACCCCAACUCAUCCAUCUUUGUGACAGAUUCUGACAAACAGAUCAAGGAUAAAAUCAACAAGUUUGCCUUCUCUGGAGGUGGAGCCACUGUUGAGGAGCACAAAGAGAAGGGAGGUAACUGUGAUGUAGACGUGUCAUAUCAGUAUCUGACAUUCUUCAUGGAAGAUGAUGAAAGACUGGAGGAAAUCAGGAAGACUUACACUAGUGGAGAGUUGUUGACAGGAUUCUUGAAGAAGGAAUUAAUUGAAAUUCUACAGAAGUUGGUUGGAGAGCAUCGGCAGAAGAGAGCUACUAUCACAGAUGAUGUGGUGAGGCAAUUUAUGACCCCCAGGAAACUGAAAUUUGACUACCCCCCACCAACUCCUCCAUCAGAGAAAAAGAAGAAAAAGAAGCAGAAGAGUGCUAAAGCAGUUUAAUUAUGUCCAUGCUUUAGUGAAAAUAAAAUGUACACUAUGUGUCGUGAUGAAUGGUUAAACAGCUUUUUAAAAGGUGCAAAGUUUAAAUGGAUAACAUUUUUCAAAGACAUGUGGAUACUUAGUAUUGUUAAUACAAUGUCUGUAUAAGGUACUAGUGAUUUUUCUCUCUCAGGUUUUCUUUGCAGGUCAAUAUUCUUAUGUUCUCAGUAUGUGUGCCUAAAACACACACAUGUAGACUAGUAUGAUUUUUUGAUGACCACUGAUGUGCAAUUUACUUUACCAGUUUUGUGUCUUUCAUCAUCGUCGGUUACCCACGGGUGCUACUCAUCGAUUCUCUCCAUGUUUGAGGGAGCGCGUGUGGACUCAAAACCGUGGUUUGCAACAAUGGUUUUUCAUAGACAAAUGAAAAUGUAAAUGCAAUUUUUUCAUAGAUAAAUGUAACAGGCAGUAUUACUAUCAAAUGAAGAUCUAAAGAUACUCAUGUUUGACUUAAUGACUUGAUAGAACUAGAUUGGAAUUCUGACACAAUGUGGUAAUUUUUAGGUGUAUUGAAAUGGACCUAGAUUUUAUUUGUAUCAAAAUUGAAACUUUGUUUAAUGUAAUUUAUUUACUAAAAUGUAAACAUGAUGUGGGCAAAGAAUAUAAAGUGUAAUGGAUAAA